CUGCCUCACAACCGGAUGGUGGUGCUGGGUAGAUGUAGUUAAAACUACGAACAGCUGCAAUAAAGAGUAGAAAGGUGGAGUGAAGACUGGCCGCUGUGAAGAUGCUGCGGUGGCUGCUUGGAGCUGCGCUGCUGGCUCGGGCGGCCGGCUUCUACCUCCCUGGUCUGGCUCCUGUUAGCUUCUGUGAGGCUGAUAAAGACCAAGUACCAGACUGCAAGUCAGUCAUUGAGCUGUUUGUGAACAGGCUGGAUUCAGUGGAGUCUGUUCUGCCUUAUGAAUACACUGCGUUUGACUUUUGCUCUGAGAAAACCAUGAAACGACCAUCAGAGAAUCUGGGUCAGGUUCUUUUUGGGGAGAGGAUUGAACCCUCACCAUACAAGUUUGAUUUCAAGAAAUCAGCCGUGUGUCAGAAGGUGUGUACCAGAAAAUACGACACCAAAAACUCAUCAGACAAAGCCAAGCUAGACUUCCUCAAGAAAGGCAUGUUACUCAACUACCAACAUCACUGGAUUGUGGAUAACAUGCCGGUCACCUGGUGUUAUGAUGUUGAAGAUGGACAGAAGUUCUGUAAUCCUGGUUUCCCAAUUGGAUGUUACGUCACAGAGGCAGGACGUCCCAAAGACGCCUGUGUGGUCAAUUCUAACUUUAAUGAAAAGGAUGCUUUUUACAUCUUUAACCAUGUGGACAUCACCAUCCAUUACCACAUUGUCGAGCAUGAGCAACUCGGAGCACGAUUGGUUGCUGCCAAGAUUGAACCAAAAAGCUAUGAAAAUCCUAAUGAUGACAAUCCUGACUGUAAUGGAGGACCAAAGCUGCUGAAAAACAAAUACACAGGAGAGUUUAAGAUCCCAUACACCUACUCUCUCAACUUUGUGGAGGACAAAAAUAUUCGCUGGGCAUCUAGAUGGGACUACAUCCUGGAGUCAAUGCCUCACACAAAUAUCCAGUGGUUCAGUAUAAUGAACUCGUUGGUGAUCGUGUUGUUUCUGUCUGGAAUGGUAGCCAUGAUAAUGCUGAGAACCCUGCAUAAAGACAUCGCUAGAUACAAUCAGAUGGACUCCGUGGAGGAUGCUCAGGAGGAGUUUGGGUGGAAGUUGGUCCAUGGAGAUGUUUUCCGACCUCCCAGGAAGGGAAUGCUGCUGUCGGUUUUCCUCGGCUCUGGAACCCAGAUCUUUAUCAUGACCUUUGUCACGCUCUUCUUUGCCUGUCUUGGGUUCCUCUCUCCAGCAAACCGCGGCGCUCUGAUGACCUGUGCUGUCGUUCUCUGGGUUCUGCUGGGAACUCCAGCUGGUUAUGUAGCUGCCCGCCUCUACAAAUCUUUUGGAGGAGAGAAGUGGAAGACCAAUGUUCUCCUGACAGCCUUCCUCUGUCCUGGGGUGGUGUUUGCAGAUUUCUUUGUGAUGAACCUGAUCCUGUGGGGUGAAGGCUCUUCAGCAGCCAUGCCGUUUGGGACCCUGGUAGCCAUACUGGCUCUGUGGUUCUGUAUCUCAGUGCCACUUACCUUCUUAGGAGCAUACUUUGGCUUCAAGAAGGCAGGUAUUGAGCAUCCUGUGCGGACCAAUCAGAUUCCUCGUCAAAUCCCCCAGCAGUCAUUCUACACAAAGCCAUUCCCUGGUAUCGUCAUGGGAGGAAUUCUGCCUUUCGGGUGUAUAUUUAUUCAACUGUUCUUCAUACUAAACUCCAUCUGGUCCCAUCAGAUGUACUACAUGUUUGGCUUCCUCUUCCUUGUCUUUAUUAUCCUGGUCAUCACCUGCUCUGAAGCCACCAUCCUACUUUGCUACUUCCACUUGUGUGCUGAGGACUAUCAUUGGCAGUGGCGUUCCUUCCUGACCAGUGGCUUCACUGCUGUCUAUUUCCUGGUCUAUGCCAUUCAUUACUUCUUCUCCAAGCUGCAAAUCACUGGACUGGCCAGCACCAUCCUGUACUUUGGAUACACCAUGAUCAUGGCUCUCAUCUUCUUCUUGUUCACUGGUACUAUUGGCUUCUUUGCCUGUUUCUGGUUUGUUACUAAGAUCUACAGUGUGGUCAAAGUGGACUGAAGAAUCCAAACACACAACAGACUGUUGCUUUUCUCUCAUCCACCAUUCAGCACUGUCAAACUGAACUGAACAUUACAUCCUGACCCGACACUCCUCAUUUCCUCAACCAGAGAGGACUCCGCCUCAGACAGUUUUCUGUGUUUGGGUGCCUAAACUGUUUGUGUGUAAGCAUGUGUACACUGGGUUGUAAUUUUGUUCAUACAGUAUCUAUCUGCAUAUAAUCUGAAUGAAAUCAAUCAUAACCUCACAAGACUCUUCCCAGUAUGUCGCUCAUAGUUCAUCCCAGGUCAGCGUCACACACUACAGCUGGACUGUCCAGAGAGGACUUGAGAAGUUCCGUCAGUGUCAGCUGUGAUGUCUCACAUUUUUAAGUUUGUUUUAUGAUCCCUGCGACUUGUGUUUGCAGAUGAAGUUGGAAAGUGGAGUGUGACAAAGCUGUGAGGGUCUGCUUCUUAACUGUUACUUUCUCGGAAAUUAUGUUUGUGUGUGAAAUGUUCCCUUAUUAUUAUUUUUAAACUAUUGGUGUGCACAUUUAAACACUGAAUAAUGUCAACUUCCAUUUUAAAGGCUUCACCAAGUGCAGCAGAUAUAUGAAGCCUACUUUUGUUAACAUGUGAAGGUUUGGUAUUAUUAUUAUUAUUAUUAUAGUUCAAUGAAACACUAAUUCUACAAAGGCUGUGUGUUUUGACAGAAGCAGCCAAUUCAAAUAAAACAAUUACAGUAUGACAGCUUCCAAGUAUUGUAAUUCAUAAUAACAGGAAAGCCAAAGUCCAGUCCCACUGUAGUGCAAGCCUCUGUUCCAUGAAGGGAAACACACAGCUGAUGUGUUAACUCAUCAGGAAACACCACUGUACUGUUUAGCAUCAUCAACUUGUGUUAACUCAUGAAAAGCAGCAGUUUUAUCAAAUAUCUCCCCCAGACAGGUGCUUCUCUGCUACUUAUUGAGUCUGUCUGAUGUGUAUGCUGUUUGCUAUGAGCUCCAAAUGAAAUGAUGGUCUAGUG